AGGGCUAUGAGAAAUCUAUUGGACAGUGAGUUGAAGCAGCCUGACUGAGCCUUCUCUCUUUUCCCUGCCUGCUACCUGUUGCUGCUUCAACUUUUAACCCCCAACCGUCCUCCACCAAAGUUCCUGAAGCUGCAGCAACUCGCAAUUUGGGGCAUACCAUACAUGGACUACUAGAGAGUCUUCAACAGGACAGCAAGUAACCUAAAACCACCAAAACAUCUAAAAUGGGGAAGCAGAACAGCAAACUCCGCCCAGAGGUGAUGCAGGAUCUGCUGGAGAGCACGGACUUCACCGAAGCUGAGAUCCAGGAGUGGUAUAAGGGCUUCCUGAGAGACUGCCCCAGCGGGAACCUCUCCAUGGAGGAGUUUAAGAAGAUCUACGGUAACUUCUUCCCUUACGGAGACGCCUCCAAGUUCGCAGAGCACGUCUUCCGCACCUUCGACGCCAACGGGGACGGGACCAUAGACUUCCGGGAGUUCAUAAUUGCUCUGAGCGUUACGUCUCGCGGCCGCCUGGACCAAAAACUGAAGUGGGCCUUCAGCAUGUACGACCUGGACGGGAACGGAUACAUCAGCAAGGCAGAGAUGCUGGAGAUCGUACAGGCGAUCUACAAGAUGGUUUCCUCUGUCAUGAAAAUGCCGGAGGAUGAGUCGACACCUGAGAAACGCACAGACAAAAUCUUCAGGCAGAUGGACACAAAUCGUGAUGGUAAACUGUCUCUGGAGGAGUUUGUUGAGGGAGCAAAGAACGAUCCGUCUAUCGUGCGGCUGCUGCAGUGUGAUCCCAGCAGCGUAGGGCAGUAGAACAACCUACUGUCUGCAGGCAUCUAGUAUUAUUUAUUCAGGUCAAAGCAUUCUCCUUGAUUCACCCAGUAGUGACCAACGGCACAACAGAUCGACAUCGAGCAGAUCAAAAUGGACCCAAGCAGAGGACCCACAUACUGGACCAUCACAUACUAGACCAUCACAUACUGGACCAUCACAUACUGGACAUCACAUACUAGACCAUCACAUACUGGACCACCACAUACUGGACCAUCACAUACUGGACAUCACAUACUAGACCAUCACAUACUGGACCACCACAUACUGGACCAUCACAUACUGGACCAUCACAUACUGGACCAUCACAUACUGGACCAUUACAUACUGGACCAUUAUACUGGACCAUUAUACUGGACCAUCAAAUACUGGACCAUCGCUAACUGCACCAUCACAUACUGGGCCAUCACCUACUAGACCAUCACAUACUGGACCAUCACAUACUGGACAUCACAUACUAGACCAUCACAUACUGGACCACCACAUACUGGACCAUCACAUACUGGACCAUCACAUACUGGACCAUCACAUACUGGACCAUUACAUACUGGACCAUUAUACUGGACCAUUAUACUGGACCAUCAAAUACUGGACCAUCGCUAACUGCACCAUCACAUACUGGGCCAUCACCUACUAGACCAUCACAUACUGGACCAUCACAUACUGGACCAUCACAUACUGGACCAUCACAUACUGGACCAUCACAUACUGGACCAUUACAUAAUGGACCAUUAUACUGGACCAUUAUACUGGACCAUCAAAUACUGGACCAUCGCUAACUGCACCAUCACAUACUGGGCCAUCACCUACUAGACCAUCACAGACUGGACCAUCACAUACUGGACCAUCACAUACUGCAACAUCACAUGCUAGACCAUUAUACUGGACCAUCACAUACUGGACCAUCACAAACUAGACCAUCACAUACUAGACCAUGACAUACUAGACCACCACAUACUGCACCAUCACAUACUGGACCAUCACAUACUGCACCAUCACAUACUGGACCAUCACAUACUAGACCAUCACAUACUGGACCAUCACAUACUGCACCAUCACAUACUGCACCAUCACAUACUGGACCAUUAUACUGGACCAUCACAUACUGGACCAUCACAUACUGGAACAUUAUACUAGACCAUCACAUACUGCACCAUCACAUACUGCACCAUCACAUACUGGACCAUCACAUAUUGGACAAUCACAUACUGCAACAUCACAUACUGCACCAUCACAUACUGGACCAUUAUACUAGACCAUCACAUACUGGACCAUCACGUACUAGACCAUCACAUACUAGACCAUCACAUACUAGACCAUCACAUACUAGACCAACACAUACUGCACCAUCACAUACUGGACCGGACCAUCACAUACUAGACCAUCACAUACUGGACCAUCACAUACUGCGCCAUCAUAUACUAGACCAUCACAUACUGGACCAUCACAUACUGGACCAUCACAUACUGGACCAUUAUACUGGACCAUCACAUACUGGACCAUCACAUACUUGACCAUCAGAUACUAGACCAUCACAUACUGGACCAUCACAUACUGAACCAUCACAUCCUGGACCAUCACAUACUGGACCAUUACAUACUGGACCAUUAUACUGGACCAUUAUACUGGACCAUCACAUACUGGACCAUCGCUAACUGCACCAUCACAUACUGGGCCAUCACAUACUAGACCAUCACAUACUGGACCAUGACAUACUGGACCAUCGCAUAUUGCAUCAUCACAUACUAGACCAUUAUACUGGACCAUCACAUACUGGACCAUCACAUACUAGACCAUCACAUACUAGACCAUGACAUACUGGACCAUCACAUACUGCACCAUCACAUACUGGACCAUCACAUACUGCACCAUCACAUACUGGACCAUCACAUACUAGACCAUCACAUACUGGACCAUCACAUACUGCACCAUCACAUACUGCACCAUCACAUACUGGACCAUUAUACUGGACCAUCACAUACUGGACCAUCACAUACUGGAAAAUUAUACUAAACCAUCACAUACUGCACCAUCACAUACUGGACCGGACAAUCACACACUGGACCAUCACACACUGGACCAUCAUAUACUGGACCAUCACAUACUGCGCCAUCACAUACUAGACCAUCACAUACUGGACCAUCACAUACUGGACCAUCACAUACUAGACCAUCACAUACUGGACCAUCACAUACUAGACCAUCACAUUCUGGACCAUCACAUACUAGACCAUCACAUACUGGACCAUCACAUACUGGACCAUCACAUACUAGACCAUCACAUACUGGACCAUCAUAGACAUUCAUUGUAUUCUAAUGGUUACAGUUAGGAUCAAGGUUUACUAUUUUGAUCCAAGAUCAGUGGUGAAGGGCUGUUUCCACUUAAAGCCAAGAAACACAAUUCUGCCAUGAGGAACUGAACUGAAAGGAGGGAGAAAAGUAUUGGAGAAACAUGACACCAGAUGGAAGCUAUUGAUCUCCCCUACUGUAGAUGGAAGCUAUUGAUCUCCCCUACUGUAGAUGGAAGCUAUUGAUCUCCCCUACUGUAGAUGGAAGCUAUUAAUCUCCCCUACUGUAGAUGGAAGCUAUUGAUCUCCCCUACUGUAGAU